GAUCGUACCAUCUGGCUUUUUUAACAUAUUUGUCCAUCUAUUCAUCCGUUCCAUCACUCAUUCGCCCAUCCAUCCUUCCAGACUAUACAGGAAAAUGUUGCCGUGGGAUUACUGGCGCACAUUCAGAAGAUUACUGAGGAACAGCAUUGAGUUCGUCUGGUUCUCCUACUCCGUUCCAACUCCACGGAGUGCCAGACAAAUCUUCACCCUCCUGCUCAUGUGCCUUGCUAUUUCAGUGAGUACUGCUGCACUGCUGUUCCACUGGCUGAUGGACCUCCUCUUGUACGACCCACUCACCGCAGACAUCUCCGCGGGGAUCUACGGCACAGCUGUGUUCAUCCUCUCAUUCCUCGUUCACCCUUUCCGUUGUGCAUUUACGCUGAUGUUUCCAACAAUGGGUACCAGACAGGGACGCAAACUUGUCCUUUCCAUGUGUGCGAUGCUCGUGGUUCUUCACAUUCUUCCCAACAUUGCUGCUAACAUAGCUACAAUAACGCACCUGGUUAAAUGCACAACAGAGAAUCUUGCUCGUAGCCUCCUCAGCUCAGCUGCGCUGAGCAACAAAAUAAAGAGUGACAUAGUUGGUAAAGUUCAGACAAUUAAAAACAAUGAAUUCCACUUUGUGGAGAGGCUCAGUAACUUUAACCACUCCACAGACAUUAAAGUGAGUGAGCUGAGAGAAAGUCUGAACAACUUAAGCAAACAUGUUGAGGAGGAUUUUUCAAAAGCCAAACAGCAGCUAGAGGAAUGGAAACUGCUCUCAAGCAGAAUAUUUGCUGCUAUUUUUGUGGUCUAUCUUUUCAUGGACUCCACCAUUUACCUGAAGUCGUACCUGACCUCGGUGAGAUUCGAUAACGUCUACAUCACCGGACUGCUCAGAAAAACUGCGAAUGAUAGAGGGAUCCAAGUCGAAGCAAAGGAUGUGAAGAAUGGAGUGAACUCCACCAGUUUCAGAAUGACAAAAAGAGAACUGAUUAGGUGUUUAGUUCCCAUUCUGCAGAUCACACUGUAUCUGUUGAUGACAGUCAUGCUGAUAAUGCUUGACCACAUUGUGUUUUAUCUUGUAGCAACAAGCGAGAGUUGGCUUUUGGACAUACCGUCCACAGAUAUUACCAUACAGGCAUAUUUUACGGUCGAUUAUCAGUACUGCCCUUUUUUUUCUUGCUUCGAUCAUACAAAGAUGGUGAACUUACGCAAAAUGUACAGUGCCAUCAUCAGUCCUGAUGCAGCUCAGUGCAAGGCCAAGCCGAGCAUGCUGAAUCCAAGUGUGUUGGUUUCAUUGGGCCUGCUCUAUCUCCUUAGCUACUGCCUCGCCUUCCUGGAGGUCUACGCUCGACGCCUUCGCAGGAAAGUGGCCUCUUCAUUCUUCCAGCAGCAGGAAAAGGAAAGAAUCAAAUUUCUUAUUGAGAAGAUUCUGAACAAGAAGAUGUACCCCAAAAGCUUGUCUUCUACAGAAGCAGAAACUGGAAGUGUAGAGAAGGAGAUGCAGGGAAAUGAUGAGGUGGAAUCAAGAGAUCAGUCUCAGUGUCAGUCAUAUAAAUUUUAUAACCUGCACGAGACCAGUACUGUGUAAGAGUACAAGCGAUAAGAUUAGGACCAGUGUUGAAAACAAGAUUUGUCCUUCUGGGGUCUUCUUCAAAUUUUGAUUUGGAUUCCAUUAAGACCUCAAACUGGGUUAUUUAAUUGGGACUAAUACAAAGAUAGUCUCAGAAGUCCAAGGCUAUGCUUCUAUUUGGCAACAUAUUUUAUUACAAAUUAUAUUAUUAGCACAAAAGUUUGAGUGAAAAUAGAAAGGAAAAGACCGAAAAAAUCAGACUUAGGCCCAAUCCCAUUUCUUAUUUUUUACUUUUACCCCUUGUUUUCGAGCAUCACCAUGCCUUUUGGAACUGAGUUGCAAGAGGUAGUGGUUGAAAUGUGUCGCUACGAAAUGGGACAACCCUCAAAUAAAAAAGAACAUUGCUUCAUUAACAGGCUACUAGCAGUGCUCUAUAGGCGACACUGCCAGUCUGCAGUGACAGUAGAGAAGCAGUAAAGUUCAGCAACGUUGCUGCUGGGCUUCAGUUAAGGGGACAAUCUUCCCUCUAGGGAACUCACAAAAUGGAGGGCUAAGGGCUAAGUGGUAGGGGCAAGUGUUGAAAUGGGAUUGGGCCCUAAUGUCACAAAUUUGAUUAAAUGUAAAUAGUCAUUCAGAAAGUGCAGAAUUUUGAAUAAUUCUUCUUUCAAUUGUUGUAGAUUUUCAAUGUGGUCUCGGACGUUUGGAUGCCACUGUAUGCAAACCUGUAUAUGAGGCCAAACUCAAGCUUUGGUAGUCUACUAACAGAUGCAUUG